UAAGUACAAGAUUCAACGUAGCAGCAUAAUUGGGCUGGAUGUAACUCAUGUAACUAGUCAAUUAACUGCCGGAUUUUACGAGAAACAGUGAGGUGAAUCACUAGUCAGUAGAAACUGUUGAAAAGAUUUUGGUAGAUGACACCCGGCCCGCCAUGUCGGUCUACAGCGACGAGAACAUCCUCUCCUCGGAGGGCAGCUUCUGGGAGAUCGGCCAGUUCAAACGGACGGUCAAGCGGGUGGACGACGGCCACCGGCUGUGCAACGAACUGAUGGGGCUGAUCCAGGAGCGGAGCGAGAUUGAGCGCAAGUACUCCAAGUCGCUCAGGCACUGGUCCAAGCGGUGGAACGAGCUCAUCGAUAAAGGUCCAGAAUACGGCACCAUCAAGUCGGCCUGGAAGUCCACUCUGACUGAGGCAGACAGCAAGAGCGAGAUCCACUCGGAGAUGGCCAAGAAGCUGAUGCAGGAAGUGCAGGGUGCCGUCAAGACCUGGCAGAAGGAAAACUACCACAAGAAGAUGAUGAAUGGCUUCAAGGAGACCACCGAAGCCAGCGAUGGCUUCGCUAAGGCUCAGAAACCAUGGGCCAAGACACUGAAGGCGGUCAACUCCAAGAAGGUAGCCUACCACACAGCCUGCAAGGCGGAGAAACAGGCCGUGAGUCAGGAAGCAACGGCCAGCAAUGACACGUCGCUCUCGCCAGACCAGGUUAAGAAGGCGAAAGAGAAAGUGGAGCGAGCCCAGCAGGAGAAGGAGAAGUUGGAGACGAGGUAUCGAGCAUCCCUGGACGACUUGAAGGCGCUCAAUCCACGCUACAUGGAGGAUAUGGGUAUUCAGUUUGACAAAACGCAGGUAUUUGAAAAGAAGAGGAUCGAAUUCUUCAAGCAGACAUUGAAGGACAUGCACAAGGUCCUGGACCUGUCCAACUGUCCCAGUUUUGCACAGAUUUACACGGACUUCAGCAAGACAAUAGAAAAUGCCGAUGCUGAGAAGGACCUGAAGUGGUGGAAAGCCAACCAUGGCACGGGUAUGGCCAUGAACUGGCCAGACUUCGAGGAGUACAAGGAGGAACUCCACGCCAUCGGCAGCAAGCGGGCGACAAUGAAGAACUCGGUGAGCGGAGGUGGGGACGGCAGCAUCACAGUCAAGACAGUCCGGUCCAUCGAUAACGACUACAACAACACCGAAUAUAAUGACCCUCUGCUGAGCGCUGAGCGUGGUAGUUAUAGUACCCCCAGUCCAUCCAUGAGCUCCACUGCCUUCAAAUGGCCACACCACAGCGACGUUUCCGAGCCCUCUUCGCCGUUCACCAGUAACUAUCCCGGGUACACCCAGUACGAUGAUAAUGAUAACGACGGACAGAUGUCGCAAGAAUCCCAGGAAGAGGGUGUGCCAGUGAGGGCGUUGUACAAGUACGAGGGUCUAGAGGACGACGAGCUGUCUUUUGAAGUGGGUGACAUACUAAUCAAGCUGGAUGAUGAGGAUGAGCAAGGCUGGUGUAGGGGGCGUUUCAAUGGGCGAGAGGGGUUGUAUCCGAGCAACUAUGCGGAAGUCAUCUAAGUUCGCUGAUCAGCAAAUCUAUUACUGUCAACAACUCUUCCAUUUCCUCCAGUGGAUUCCAUUUCUGUGACAUGCAGAUCCACUGACAUGGCAAAUUUGAAUUAGAAAACUAGAUUCUUCUCCAGAGAUUCUCUGUGAGUGGUUCACAUCCACACUGUCUGUUGAUCCAUUUUAGUAUAUCAACUAAACUAUCAGUUGAGUGUAAAUUGGUGGACUAUCCACACCAUGAGAUAGUCCACCAAUUCCUCACUAGUUGGGUGCAAGUCAAGUCCAGAGUUAGUCUCCAGCUCUAGUUGGAUCCUAAGUUUGCUUGUGAGAAUAUUAUUCUUUGCCAACCUCAGAGAUAUCAGCGAUGCAUGUAUCGUUUUUCAUGUCCUGUGGAUCAACUGAUACACUGUGUGGAUCAGUUAAAGACAAGUGGAUUCACCACAAGGCCAGUAAAAAAAUAGCUGUAGCUACGUUACCUCUGAUUUGUAGUUACUGCGGGAGAUUUUUUCCACACUGAUCAACUUGAAAAGAAUCAAAGCCACGUACUCAUUGUUUGAAGAUGGCAACUGUGGUUUGAUGUCUUUUCUGACAUGUAUAUAUUCAAGGUGACAUUAGGCUUCUCUUUCGUUGAACGUUUGGGCAUCCACUUUAAGCAUGGGUAUCAGUAUCAUCUGUUUGGUGCAUCCACGAGACCUUGUGGAAAAAUUGAGAAUUGAUCGUAGAGUUUUACAAAAUCAUGUCCUUUGAGUUCACUUUUCCUUUCAGCAAUUUUCAAAAGCUUUUGAUCCAAAGAAGUUAUUUCCACAUCAUUCAAAAAGAGACAACUGAAUGAAGGUCUUUGUUUAAAGACUUAGAUUUGUCAGGUCACAUCAAGUUUUUUUUAGCAAUAUCUUUCCUGUCAGUGAGUUAAGAGAGUAAAUUCGGCAUUUUGUGGAUCCACGAGCACACUGCAGUUUUGUAGCUGAUCCACUUGCUGUCUUCAGAUGUAGCUGAUCAGUUGUAUCAGAUGUGUCAAGCAGUCCUCAUGGUAUAGCUAUCAGUUAAGCAGGACUGAAAGAAAUCAACAAAUGGUGGAUCCACCAGCAUUUUGUAGCUGAUCCACUUGCUAUCUUCUGAUGUAGCUGAUCGGUUGUAUCAGAUGUGUCAAGCAGUCCUAAUGGUAUAGCUAUCAGUUAAGCAGGACUGAAAGAAAUCAACAAAUGGUGGAUCCACCAGCAUUUUCUAGCUGAUCCACUCAUUGCUUUCUGCUGAUCAGCUGUAUUACAGAUGUCAAGCAAUAAGGUAGGUAUCAGCUGGGAUUUCUUAGUUGAUUUUUGCUCUGUCAUUUCAAUUAACCAUUUUAGUUUUGUUCCUAUUUUCUUUUUUGUCAUUAAUCCUCGUUCGUGGUUGCGAUAAGAGCUUUAAUUAAAAAAGAAUUAGGUAAUGCACUUUUAGAAAGAAGCUGGACCAUUCCUAUCACUUUGUGAAAAUAUACAUCUUUCCUCAUUGCCAGCUUACCGUCAAUGUAAGAUAUUUUUUGUAAAUUUGUUGAAUGGAUAGAACUGCAUAUUUUCCGUUUGUGACGUUUUUGGCAGAUGAGAUAUUUUUGUAAGUAGGCAAAACACGUUAAAGGAGUGGUUUUUUGAAAGUUGAAGAGGGGCAAGAUAUCCGCGUCCAAAGAAGGAAUUGUGGGUGAAAAAAAAAUGGUUGUGAGGGUUUGGGGCCAGUUUGAGUGAGCUGUGGAAUGUGCAACAUGGCUAUGCUAAACAGAUUUUCAUCAAGAAAAGUUUGGAGACACAGUGUAUUGCUUUUGAAUUGUUUUCCGCUGAUGUUUUUCUACUCACUGAUUUAAAAAAAAAAAACAGAAACAGUUGGUGGCUGAGCAGUUCAGCAAAACCAGGCCUAGUUGGAGACCUUUUUUGGUUGCAGUUGCUUCAGCUGUACUAAUAAUAUUAUUUAUUUGGGCAAUUCCACAUACAACAUGACAAACACAAGACUCAGCGGGCCGCCCAGGAGAACAUAAAAGUGUAAAAACAAACUGUCGCCGAAAGGCGUAUGUCUCCAAAAAUCAAUCGAAAAGUAAGGCAAGAAAGGGCACCUAACAAAUAAUAAUCACUGAGAUCAAAAUAUUGCAUUGGGUUGAGAAAUUAAUUGGGUGAAAAUUACUAAUCUGAAUAAAGAGAGCUCAGAGGCAAAAACAACAAACGGCCAACAGCCUAUAACCAACUGUUUCACGUCACUUCUCUGGCCAGUAAUUCUCUUUUCUUCCUGGAGAAAUAACUCUCUCUGCACAGUGCAGUUUGGAAGCUGGCCCUAGAACGGAGCAUGAUAUCAAUCGGGUUAUUCCAGCCUUUUUGUAUUCCAUUGUUUUGUUAAUUUUUUUGUGGAACAAGCCAAUGCAGGCAGAUAGUGAGAAUUCUCUGUGGCUUAGCUGUAGUCGGACUUCUGAUGAUGACAGUUCUUGCAUAAGUCAAAUCUUUGAUCUCUGGCCGACAAGGCAGUUCUGUUAGACAUGUUAGAGAUAUGCGGAUGUUGCA